CGCUUCGUUUGAAUUAUGUGUUACAGGUGAUGAAAUUGUUAUUAUUUAUCCAGUUGGUCUUAUUCAUCCGUUAUGCUGUUUGUGAUUAUUAUGAUGUACUCGGGGUCUCUAAAUCCGCCUCAAAUCUAGAAAUCAAAGCGGCCUAUAGAAAACUGGCAAAGAAAUGGCAUCCUGAUAAGAACCCUACAGAAAAAGCCAACAAAAAGUUCAUUGAAAUAAACGAGGCUUACGAGGUACUAUCUGAUUCUAAGAAACGUCAUGAGUAUGAUACUUUUGGAAAAGUCCAUGCAGAUGGAAGUGCACCUCCUCCAGGGCAUUAUCCUUAUCGUCAUGAAUUUGUGCAUGCUCCAUUUGAAGAACUAUUUGAUUUCUUCCCAGGGUUUAACCGUGCCCCCCAAUUCUCAGUCAAUGUUCUUAAUAUUGACUUUCGAAGCUAUCGCCUAACCCAUCUCCCACGAUCUCGAACAGUACCUCUGUUCAUAUUUGGUUAUUCUGAUUUUUGCUUUCCUUGCCGUCAAGUUCGACCUAUUUGGUCACAAUUAGCAGAUGAGCUGACUCCAUUGGGGGUCACUGUGGCUAGUGUUAAUUUAGAACAUGAUUCUGCAUUGCGUGAAGAGUUACGCGUAUUACAUGUUCCAAGCGUGACAAUAGUUGUUGAUGGACAGAUUACUUAUUACUCUCGUGGUGAUUUCAGUCAUAAUAGUCUUAUUGAUGCGUUAAGAAAUGCCAUUAUGAAAUCAAAUCCUUCCCAAUCGAAAGCAUUACCAAUAUUUCUUAGUACAACAAUUGAUACACCAUUAAUACAAACUAUUCAUGAUUAUGAUACAUUUAUCAAUGCAUUCCAUCAUGGUUGGCGUCGUGAUAGUCGACCAAGAAUGUUAUUUAUCAAACCGUUGACUUUACCACCAUUACGUUACUGUAUAGCUGCUUUCCGAGCAGCUGAUCAUUUAGCUGCUGGUUAUAUUAAUUCCGAUGAAACUAGUCAUAAUGAUGAACUUGUUAGGAAAUUCAAUGUCAAUCCAAAUGAGGAAACUUUACUGAUCUAUCAUGAAGAUUCCAGUCAACCGGUUUAUCGUCAGUCGGCAACAAAAUUAUCCUCUACUUUAUUAGAUAAUGCAAUGUUAUCUUAUAGUCAGCUAACUAUACCUCGAAUAUAUAGUCGUGCACGUCUAUUGGAUUUAUGCCCAACUGAUGGAACAAAACCAGCUAGUAAAUAUGCUUAUGAAUCGGAUCAUAAACGUUAUACACAACAAUCAACCAUGUUCAGCAAUGACCAAUCAAAUCAUCGUCAUUUAUGUUUGGUACUACUGUUAAAUUCAAAAUUAGCCAAUGUUGAACAGUUGUAUAGUUUUGGUGAUAUUUGGUUAACUAUGCUACGUCAUACUUUACAAUUAUCUCAAAAAGAUUUGUUACAAUUAUAUCAUACUACGAAACAAUUGUAUAAUUAUCAUUUUAUACCUGUACAUAUUUAUGUAGAUCGUCAAGUGAAUUUUAUGCAAGCAUUAAGUAAAUCAUCGAAUUGUUUAAAUGAAUCAUGUAAUUUGUUGAAUGAAGAUAAUAUUGGUCGUUUAGCAUUAAUUUGGCGUAUUAGUUCAACUGAAACAAUUUAUCAACUUUUACCAACGAAUUCAUUAUCUCAUCCAAAAGCACAUUAUAAUGCAAUGAAACACCACAGUGCAUUAAAAUCAGAAAAUUUCCAAAACAAUUUAUUGAAAUCUGCUAAACAAAUGCAUACAGCUUUAAUAAAUGAUUUAAAAAAUAUUAUUCAAACUUUAAAUACUACUACAACAACAAAUCAAUUCGAUAAUCCUAUUAUAUCAGAGGAAUUAAUUAAUUCCGAGGAAAAAUUCACAUUGUAUCAAUGGUAUUUAUUAAAAAAUUGUAUUAUUGAAGAAUUAAUAAUUGAUGAAUUAGUAGCUACAAUAUGGAUACGUAUAAGAAAUCGUUUAUUACAAAUUGGUUUAGAUAUUGGACAUAUAAUAUUUGACCUUGUAAAUCAUCCUUUGGCAUUUGUAUUUUCAAGUUUUAUGAUUAUCAUCGGGUUAUUAUUAUAUAGUUUAAUUUCAACCAUAUUACAAGCAAUGCGUAAUGAACAACGGAAUAAAUGUACUUCGGAGAAAUAUUUCAAUGAAUCAACUCAAGAUGUAACUAGUAAUAAUAACAGUACAAGUAGUAGUCAGUAUAGAUCUACUCAAAGAUCAUCUACAGUUACUCCUGUUAUCUCCCUAAAUCCUUCCACAUAUGAUCGUCUUGUACGUGAUGCACCGAAAGGUUUUCGACUAUUAAUAUUAUGUGUUCGUGGCACUGCUCAAGACAAUCGAUUACGUGAUCAAUUCGAAUUUAAAACCCGUCAAGUUUGUGGAAAUCAAAUUCAGCGUGCUUGUCUUUCAAUGAAUCGUUAUUCUGGUUGGCUUGCAAAAUUGCUAGAAUCGAUUCGUUUGAAUGCAUCCAUACAGAUUCGUUCGAAUAAAACUAGACAAAACAACAGUAAGAAUACGAAUAAUCAUAAUACGAAACAUGGAACUUUAUUUAUCAAUCCAAUGAAUUGUAUUGGGACAGUGAUUGCUGUCAAUGGUUAUCGACGCUACUUCAAUUUGUAUCAUCCUUUAAUACCGGGUUCACAAAGUAGCUCGGAUGAGAAUUCUGAAGAAUCAGACAUGGCCGAUACCUGUGCAAAACAAGAUACAGUAGUUGUAUGUCGUACACGUAAACGGCAUAUAUUCGGUCGUGUAUUCGGUAUGGAAUCAGAUGAUGAAGAAGCCGAAGCAGUAAAUGACCAAUGCAACAAUCAUUCACAUACAUUAAAAUCACGUCAUCAAAUUACAGAUGGUGUGCUAUUUGACAGUGAAUUAUUAAAUGGUCUGGCUAAUUGGUUAGAUCGUCUAUUUGAAGGUUCAUUGCCACGUUAUACUGUAACUGAAUGGCCAAUUAGUUUACUUGGAAAUGAUAUUGUCAACGAUGAAGACGAUGAUGCUGAUGCUGACGCUGGUGAUGAUGAUGAUUAUGCCUGAACAAAAUUGUAUCUUAAAUUAUGUUUUAUGAUGAUCACUAUGAUUUCUAGUUUUAAUGUUUGAUUUCACAACAACGACCAACUAACACCUGACAUGGUUUCAUUCCAUCCUAUGGCAUUCUCUAUCCUUUUGAAAGAUGUGAAUAUUUGUAGAGAAUUAUUAUUUGAGAAAAACCAGUUAAGUUCGUUCUUCAUACUUUCUUUCUCUAUCCUCUUGUCACUUGUCUUCUCCUUCUUCUCACUUGUACAAGAAAAUAAAUAAGAAAAUUGUUUUAUGUUUUUAUGUAAUAAAUAAUAGUAAUUUUUUGAAAAUUUUUUUCUCAAAAUGAAUUCUUUGUGCAUUUCUCAUUAUGUAAUGAUUGUGUUGUAGCGUUGUUUUCCUCUUUUUUUCUUGUUUGUUACUUUUAUCAUUCAUCCAUCCUCCUCUU